AUGGAAACGACACAGCAAUUCAAAACAACCAACCACCCCGUCCCCUCUCCCGACUCCCUCCACAUCGCCUCCCUCAACGGCGCCCGCCUCCAAAUCCGCUGCACCACCUCGCUCAACGUCGUCCGCAGCAUUACCCUCCCUACCGACUUCAACCCGCGUGGCGCCCUUAUCCGCUGGGUCCCCAUCGCCCCUCGCAAUGGCAGGAACACCUCCACAAUCUCGCGCCGCGUGCUGCUCGCCGACGACGACGGCGCGCGCGUCUGGGACUUGAGUGACGAGAAAUGGAGUGCGCUAAUCAGCAACGGCAGUGGAGGCAUGGGAAAGAUCGUGCACGCUGAGUUUGGGCGAGACGGGGAAGAGGUGCUGCUGUGGAACGAUUUCGGGGCCAAGGUCACGGUGUGGUGUCUCAAAACGGGGCGGAGCGUAGAAAUCAAGGACCCCAAGUUCGUGGGAUGGAGAGGGUGUGGGACGAGGCCGACGCCUGGGGGAGAAGAGGGGGGUGUGGGUGUUUUGGCGCUGUUGAGCAGGCCUGCUGGUCAGGAUGUGGUUACGCUGCAUGCGCCUAAGACGUAUUUUGUGAUCAAGACGGUUGCGGUGCCGAGCGUGGAUGCGCAGGGGAUUAAGUGGAGUCCGGAUGGAAGGUGGUUUGUGAUUUGGGAUGCUGCGAGCGCGGGGUACAAGGUGUUUGUGUAUACCGCAGACGGGCAUCUGUAUAGGAUGUAUGGCGGGGAGACGGCGGAGGGAGAUAUCUGUGGGUUGGGAAUAAGGAGUGUGGAGUGGACGCCUGAUGGGAAGUAUUUAGCAAUCGCAGGAUGGGAUAAGAGGGUUACGCUACUAAGUACAAAGACGUUUUCACCGGUUGUUUUCCUCGACCACACGCCUACCAUCCAAAUAAGUACUGGUACCGUCUGGACUGAAAUGGUUUCCGCCCUCUCUUCACGAAGCUAUUCUGUCACAGCGCAACCCGUCUCCCCUCCCAAGGUUGCCUCGCCACCCAACGACCCUGCACCUAAGCUCGGAAUAUCGUUAACAACAUCUAAUGCUGAUGGUACAUUGAUUGCUACUCGGGAUGACUCCACGCCCACAACAGUCUGGAUAUGGGAUCUCAGCCAACUCGCCCCCAAAACCGUCAUAAUUCAACAUGCACCUGUCAGGCAACUCCUCUGGCAUCCUACAAUACCAGAUCUCUUGCUCAUUCAAUGCAUACAAGACGACCCGAUAGUAUAUAUCUGGUCCGCGUCCAGCGAUGGGCCAGAAAUCAUCACCAUAGGGCUCCAGAAACCUGCAGGAACUGCUCCAGCCCGGCUAGAGGCCCGGUGGCUCAUUACUCCUACAAAUAAGAAACCGACAAUAGUGUUUGGGCACGCUCAAGGCUACGUUCUUUUGUGGCCUAAUGGUCGAGACUCGAUUCUACGGUUCGAACGUGAUAGAGACGAAAGGGACAGCACGCCCACUGGAGACGAUGAUAGCGAGGACUCGCUAUACGACAUCCUUACCGGGCGAACGCCGAUACCGAGACUGGAUGAUAUGAUGAGUAAUUACGAGAACGACGAUGAUGAUGAUACAGGGAGGUUGGAGGAUACCUUCCGAGAAAAGAAGAGGAGAGGUGGGGAUAUGGAUGAUUCAGGGCUAGACGAGAUGUUCUGA